CUGUGCAUGACGGGAUCCAUUCGUGUUUCAAGAAACAUGGCGGACAAAGAGGAUGAGCCGACGAUCGCUCAAGACUUGGUCGUCACCAAGUACAAAAUGGCUGGAGAAAUGGUCAACAAAAUUCUUAAACACCUUGUGACCAUGUGUACAGCCGGCACGUCUGUACUCGCCAUUUGCGAAGAAGGUGACAGGCAGUUGAACGAAGAGACGAGCAAGGUGUUCAAGAAGGAGAAGGAACUGAAGAAAGGAAUUGCUUUUCCCACCUGUGUUUCGGUGAACAACUGCAUCUGCCACUACUCCCCACUCAGGUCUGACACUGAGUACCUCCUGAAAGACGGGGACGUGGUCAAACUAGAUCUAGGCGCACACAUUGAUGGUUUCAUUGCAGUUGUGGCACAUACCGUCAUCGUGGGGGCAAGUCUGGAUAACAAGGUGAAAGGCAGGAAGGCUGAUGUGGUCAAGGCCGCUUACUACGCAGCUGAGGCUGCUCUGCGGCUUGUCAAGCCCGGUGGUGAGAACAAUGCGGUGACAGACGUGAUUCAGAAGGUGGCGGAGUCCUACAAGUGUAAACCGGUGGAAGGUAUGCUAUCGCACCAGUUGAAGCAAUACAGGAUAGACGGGGAAAAAUCAAUCAUCCAGAACCCAACGGAAGCCCAAAGGAAAGAACACGAAAAGUGCGAGUUCGAACUGCAUGAAGUUUACGCGAUCGACGUCCUUGUGAGCACGGGGGAGGGAAAGGGACGCGAGAUGGACACCCGAACGACUGUGUACAAGCGCACCGAUGAGACCUACUUGUUGCGAAGCAAGGCAUCUCGUGCCUUCCUUAGCAUCGUAGACAAGCAGUAUGCUUCUAUGCCAUUCACGCUAAGGGCGUUCGACGAGGAGGUUAAGGCGAAAAUGGGAGUUGUCGAGUGUGUCAACCACAAGCUACUUGACCCAUUCCAAGUUCUGUACGAAAAGGAGGGUGAAUUCGUGGCCCAGUUCAAGUACACGGUGCUGCUGAUGCCGUCUGGCUCCCACCGCAUCACAGGUGGCCAGCUGGACCUUGAGCUUUUCGAAUCGGAGUUCAAGGUGGAAGACGAGGCACUCAGUGCAUUGCUCAACCGCUCAGUGAUAGCAAGGUCAGCUAAGAAAAAGAAGAAGAAAGCAGAGAAGGCACUUUUAACAGCUGGUGAUGGCGCCGGGGAGGCAGAAAACAUUGCAGAUGCAGAAGACUGAUGGGAUCUGUUCCCACUUCAGGAAACAGACGUGCUUCGUUGUCAGCCUGGACCCAGGUGAUGUGCAUGUAAGGGGGGUGUGAACAGCUGGACAUCGUCAUUUUUUCUCUUUUUUUACCAACAAGCCCAUGCUCACUGAAGACCGAGCCUUGUCUGAGCCAGCCAAGAACAUCAAACCCCAGUGUAAAUUCCUGGGCCCAUGGUCUGGCUCUGAGGUGGAAUAAAUGGUUUUGCAAGCACUGCCUGAGCUCCU